GACUCAAAGUUAGGAUGAGACAGCAUUUCCAGCAUGGAGACCGCCAUCGAUGAGACUCCAGCGCCCCCUGAAGUUUCUCUUUUCUAAACUUCCACUCUGUGACGACGUCUUCUUCUUCUCAGAUGGCAGACGAGUGAGAAAACAACGAAUGGCGUCCACAGGGAGCGUCCUCCGCUUCAGGGGGGACGAUAACCUCCAGUCCAUGCUGGUGGGGACGGUGAUGAGGAAGAUCAAGUCUCGUACCUGGAAGAAACAACGCUACUUCAAACUGCAGGACGACUGCAUGACCAUCUGGUACCAGUCCAAGAAGGCCGGCAACGCCCACUCCACAUUUUCAGUCGGCGACGUGGAGGCGAUACGAGAGGGCCACCAGUCUGAGGUCCUAGUCAGCAUCGCCGAUGAGUUCCCAGCCGACCGAUGCUUUACGGUGGUCUUUCGCGGUCGCCGGGGAAACCUGGAUCUGGUGGCAGAGUCGGCAGAGGAGGCGCAGACUUGGAUCAGAGGCAUGAGGAAGCUGAUCGAGAGCCUGGAGAACAUGGGGGAGAGGGAGAAACUAGACCAAUGGAUUGGCGACUGGUUCAAGAAGGCGGACAAGAACAACGACGGCAGGAUGAACUUCAAGGAAGUGCAAGAUCUACUGAAGAUGAUGAACGUGGACAUGAACGAGCACCACGCUCAUCGACUCUUCACGAUGGCUGAUAAGUCCCAGUCGAGUACGCUGGAGGACGACGAGUUUGUGCUCUUCUACAAGAUGCUGACCCAGCGGGAGGAUGUUCUGACGGUUUUCCAAAAGUUCUCAUCAGAUGGCCAAAAGUUCUCCCAGAGCGACUUGGAGGACUUCCUGAGAGGGGAGCAGCUGGAAGGGGGCGACAUCCAGCAGCACGCCAUCCAGCUCAUCGAACGCUAUGAGCCCUCUGACGCAGCCAAGCUGCUGAAUGCCAUGACAUUUGACGGCUUCCUGAUGUACCUCGGCUCGACUGAGGGAUCCAUCUUCAACCCACAGCAGCGAGGCAUCUUCCAGGACAUGACCCGGCCUCUGUGCCAGUACCUCAUCUCCUCCUCCCACAACACCUACCUGAUGGAGGACCAGCUGCGAGGACACAGCAGUGUGGAGGGAUACAUCAGAGCUCUGAGUCGAGGCUGUCGCUGUGUCGAGGUAGACUGCUGGGACGGUGCGAACGGAGAGCCCAUCGUGUAUCAUGGACACACCUUUACCUCCAAGAUACUCUUCAAGGAUGUGGUCAACGCAGUGGGCAACUACGCCUUCAAGGUAUCUGAGUAUCCAGUCAUCCUCUCCAUCGAGAACCACUGCAGUGUUGAGCAGCAGAGAGUCAUGGCCCAACACCUCAACCACAUCCUUGGUGAUAAACUGCUGAAAAGCACACUGGAUGGAAAGGCCCCCAUCGGGCUGCCGUCUCCUGAGGAUUUAAAGGGGAAGAUUCUGCUGAAAGCGAAGAAAAUCGGCGGCCUGGAGGAGAGUCACCACAACGGGACGGCGGAAGACUCGCAGACUGGAGAGGUCAGCGAUGAAGACGAGGUCGCUGAAAUCGACGAAGAGAACGUCCACAGAGAGAGUGUGUGUCGCAGGCUGAAGAAGUCAAAGCAGCGUCUCUCCAAGGAGCUGUCAGACUGUGUGGUUUACUGUAAAAGCGUCCACUUCAGCAGCUUCAAACACUCCCGGAUUCACUCCAAGUUCUAUGAGGUGACCUCUUUCACUGAGUCUAAGGCCCGCAAGCACCUCAGAGAGGCAGGUGAGGGCGAAUUUGUGCUCCAUAACUCCCGGCAUCUGACCAGAGUUUACCCCAGCGGCUUCCGAACGGACUCCUCCAAUUUCAAUCCUCAGGAAAUGUGGAACGCUGGGUGCCAAAUUGUUGCGUUGAAUUUUCAGACAGCGGGGGAGGGGAUGGAUCUGAACGACGGACUGUUCAGUCAGAACGGUGGCUGUGGCUACGUCCUGAAGCCACCUUUUAUGAGCAGGACAGAGAAAAGAUUUGACCCUGAGACACCUGAAAAACGAGAAGGAUACCAUCCUGUCGUUCUCACCAUACAGGUGAUCAGCGGUCAGCAGCUGCCCAAAGUCAACAUCAAAGAGGACUCUAUAGUGGAUCCUCUGGUCCGGGUGGAGAUUCACGGUGUUCCUGCCGAUCAGUGCAAGCAGGAGACCAGAUACAUUGAGAACAACGGGUUCAACCCCGUGUGGUACGACACUCUGCGGUUCACCAUCCACACCCCCGAGCUGGCCAUGGUGCGCUUUGUGGUGGAAGACUACGACAAGACGUCUAAGAAUGACUUUGUGGGGCAGUAUACUCUCCCUCUGAGCUGCAUGCAGCAAGGUUAUCGUCACAUCCACCUCCUGUCCAAAGAUGGAACCAGUAUUCCUCCUUCUUCCUUAUUUGUGCACCUCAGGAUCACAGACCUCGAAUGAGUCAAAGUUCAUUUAAAAUGAUUCACAUAGAAUCCUUCGUUGCGACAGAAAGUACACCUUCUGAAGUAGAAUUUAUUAUUAUUAUUAGUCUUAUUUGAUGUGAAUUAUUACUGCGCCAAAUGUUUAAAGGUUCUUGUAUAGUAUGCAUGUUUUAGUUUUGUGCGUUGUAAUGUGUGUAACUCGGCUGCUCAUGUUUUAAGUAUCUUGUCCGUGUUUUAGAGAAGAAUGUGCCACCGUUAUCUUUAGAUCAGGACGUACUUUCUUGAAGUAUUUUUCUUUGACAAAAAGCACUUCAUCCUGCAGUCUUCUGCUUUCACUUUCCCUAAUGUGCAAACAUUCUCUUCAAGCUUCAGACAGCCUGACAGUUAGCUGGCUGGGAAAUGUAGUCCAGUGUUUGAACCUGCAGGAACCAAAUUACAUUGAAAGUGUUUUCUAAAAGUGUGAUCAGAGCAGUAUUGUGGGACUCGAGAUCAGCCUGUGAUUCAUGAUUGAUCUGGAGACCACUUUUUGAAGGUCUUAGGAAUUGAAAGCAUUUUGUCUCGGUCUCAGACUGGAUGGACUCCAGAUUUUAAAUCAAGACCGAUCAAGACCCCCACUGAUAGGCUAUUCUUCUAAGUCAAUUCUGUGAUUAGAAGGAAAACACCUCUUUCUAAAAAUAAAUAACUUCAAUCUUAUUGUAGUUUGAUUUUUAUUCCCCGGCUGCAACCUUCCCGGUGUUACAGUCUAAGUGAGUGACACGCACUGCUCUGUUGUGAUCGCAUUCAAUCAACUCCUAUAUCCGAAUACUGUUGUAGGCCUCUAUAAUUAUAAAAUACACGGUCCUAUUGUCACGUUAACUAAGUACUUGUUGUAGCUAAUGCUAAUUAGAAUGUAACACAUUUAGUAUAUUUUUGUGUUAUGUACAUAUUAUCCAUUUGUGUAAAUGUGUUUUGAUAUGUCUAUUUUUGUAUACAUAGAAACAUUCAGAUGUACUGUAGUGAUUAAAUGUGUUUUUUAUUGUAAAAUAACCCAUAAUCAUUUGUCACA